AUGUCAGCCCUUCGGAACGGCGCGAUGAAUGGUGCCAAUGGUGCAACGAGUGCACCAGUCAGCAAACGGUUCUCCGACAUCCCAGCCGCUAUCGACGUUCCGGUCCAAGGCGAAGCUGAAGACGAGGCCGUCGAAAUCGAUCUUCUCGAGCUGUUCGACGACCCGACCGAGCUUUGCACGCUUUUCGAAAAUGAGCGCGCCGCCCGUACUUAUUGGAUGACCGUCUCGCUGGCCUACGCCAAGCAAAAGAAGAUUGACCAUGCAAUCGAAAUGUUGGUGCGCGGCGGAAACGCAAUGCGCGACAAUAGCCCUCGAGAGAAGCUGAGCAUGAUCGGUUGCCUUUGCUGGAUGUAUCUGUGGAAGAGUCGCGAAGCCCCACGCCUGCCCCCGGACGGCGAAUUGGCCUCUGAGGCGAAGACGAAGGAAUAUUACCUGCAAUUGGCCACUUCGACCCUUAACGAUGCGUCGCGAAUCAAUCCAGCGUUCCCUCCUCUCUUCCUGGCUCGUGGAGUUCUUCAACUGCUCCGAGCUUCGCUGCAGACACCAAAGGCGACAGGCCCUGGUCAGGUGGAUUCUGAAAAGGCAGACCUUUUGCGAUCGGCGCUCAAGGCUUUCGAAGACGCCAUUCGAGUAUCACAGGGGAAGAACAUGUUGGCGGUAAUGGGCAAGGCGAGGACAUUCUUCUCGCUUGGAAAGUACCCUGAAUCCUUGGCAUGCUAUCAGGAGGUUCUGCAGAAGAUGCCCGAUUUUGUCGACCCCGAUCCAAGAAUCGGCAUCGGAUGCUGCUUUUGGCAGCUGGGCUUCAAGGACGACGCGAAGAUGGCUUGGGAGCGGUGCAUUGAGAUUAACCCAGACCAUAAGGUUGGCAACAUCCUCCUUGGUCUCUACUAUCUCGACGCUAGCGGCCACAUACCUACCAACAGCCCCGAAUUCCUUCGUCUCUACAAGAAGGCGAUGACUGAAUACACGCAAAAGUCGUUUAAGCUCGACAAAAACAUGCCACUUACGUGUGCAACAUUUGCAAGCUAUUUCUUAUCCCGCAAAAAGCUCGACACAGUCGACUCACUCGCACACAAAGCAAUCCAGUAUACGGAUGUGAAUGCCAUUGCCAGUGAUGGCUGGUACCUCUUAGCACGAAAGGAGCACUACACGGGAGACCCAGACCGCGCCAGCGACUUCUAUCGCAGAGCCGACGAUGCCCGCGGUGGCUCGGAACGUGGCUACUUGCCUGCCAAGUUUGGUGCUGCGCAGCUGGCAGUGCUCAGGGGUGACCUGGGUGAGGCGAAGCUGCGGUUGGAGAAGAUGAUCCAACAAUCCAAAAAUCAUGAGGCCAUGAUCUUGCUUGGAACCUUGUAUGCCGAGGAGGUUUUCGCUAACCAGGACGCGGACGGCAAGGAAGACAAGUCGGCAGAGAUGAAGAAGGCAAUUGGGUUGCUCGAGGGAGUGCGCGGUGCCUGGAAGGACUCCAAGAAGAGCCUGUCGCCUGAUGCCGCUGUCCUUCUCAACCUUGCUCGCCUUUAUGAAACCGAGUACCCUGAGAAGGCCCAACAGUGUCUUCUUCAGGUCGAACAGCUGGAACUUGAGCAGAUCCCCGAGGAAGAGCGCCCAACAGAAAUUGCUGAUGAGGCUGAGAGGCGCGCCGCUCUGCGCAAAUUUUUGCCGCCGCAACUUCUCAAUAAUAUCGGCUGUUUCCACUCGCAAUCGGAGAAGCAUGAACAGGCCAGUGAGAUGUUUGAGGCUGCUCUGGGAGCAUGCAUGAAGAUUGGGGAGAAGGAUUCGGAAAUUGACACUGAUGCUUUGGUCACCACCAUUAGCUUCAACCUUGGCCGGAGCUACGAGUCUCGCGGUCUUCUUGACGAGGCCAUUGAGGUCUACGAAGGACUGCUUAAGCGCCAUGAUGAUUACACUGAUGCCCGUACGAGGCUGGCGUAUAUCAAGCUCAGAAAGAACCCCAAUAAGGAGGGACCAGAUGCUGUGGCGAAGUUGUACCAAGAAAACCCACAAGACCUCGAAGUUCGUGCCCUAUAUGGCUGGUAUAUGGGCAAAGUACACUCGCGUAAGCGACCGCAUAACAUCAACGAGGACCAUGAGUUCCGUCACUACAAGCACACUCUGCAAAACUACGACAAGCACGACCGCUAUGCUUUGGUUGGAAUGGGCAACCUCUACCUGAUCCAGGCCCGAGAAAUGCGUCGCGAGUCUGACAGUGACAGAGCCAAGCGGAGUGCCACAUACAGUAAGGCAGUUGAAUUCUUCGAGAAGGCCCUCUCUCUUGAUCCCAAGAACGCCUACGCAGCACAAGGCAUAGCCAUCGCGAUGGUUGAAGACAAGAAGGAUUACAAGACGGCUCUUGGUAUCUUUGUCAAGAUUAGGGACACUAUCAAGGAGGCCCACGUUUACGUCAACCUUGGCCACAUCUAUGCUGAGCUGAGGCAGUGGACCAAGGCGAUCGAAAACUACGAGACAGCGCUGUCAAAGGAAGGCAAGGCUACCGACCCCCUCAUUCUCGCCUGUCUGGGCCGUACCUGGCUCAAUAAGGGUCGUUCUGAGCGAGACCUGGACGCGUACCGACAGUCGCUCGAAUACGCCAAGAAGGCCCUCGAAGCUGCCCCUGAGCAAGUGCACUACAAAUUCAAUGUUGCCUUUGUGCAGAUCCAGAUGGCAACAACGGUUUAUGCCUUGAAUGAGAACCAGCGUACGCUAGCUCAACUUCAAGAUGUUGCUGCCGGCCUAGAGUCAGCAAUCUCCGCACUUGAUGAGAUUGCUGGCCACCCGCAAACUCCUUACCCCAAGCAUGACGUCGAGCAGCGUGCCAACAUGGCUCGCAAUACCCAACGCAAGCAACUCGAGAGAGCUAUCGCCAGCCAGAAGGAGUACGAGGAGAAGAACAAGGAGAAGCUACAAGCAGCGUUGGAGCAACGCCAAGCUGAGCUCCGGAAGCGUGAAGAGGAGCGUCAAAAGGCUCUCGAGAAGGAGCGCGAAAGGCAGGAGAAGAUCAAGAGGGAGCGAGAGGAGAUUGCGGCAAGGGACAGAGAGAUUGCAGAGCGACGUGCCGAAGAGGAGAAGACCCGCCAAGAAGCAGAGAUGACUACCGACGAGGAGACGGGCGAGAAGGUUAGGCGGAAGAAGAAGCCUGCGGCAAAGGGUGACGGCGAGAGCCGCCCGAAAAGAGGAUCACGGAAGAAGAAGGCCGAUACGGAUGGCGAAGAUUCAGGAGAAGAGCGGCCUACGAAGAAGAAGCGUCGUCUCACAAAGAAGGAGUCUACCAACAACACCAAGUACAAGUCUGCUGAGAUCGUCGUGGACAGUGACGAUGAAGACGAGGACGAGGACCCUCUUGAGCGCGCCGAGAGAGCUCUGGAGAAGGCCAGCUCUCCCCUCUCUGAUGCCGGAGACAAGCGAGGAGACGACGAGGACCGGAUGGACGUUGACAAUGGGGAUGAGGAUGAGGAUGAGGAUACCGGCAUCAGUCGGCGACAACAGAGCUCACGAUCCAGAAGGGGCAGAGUUAUCGAAAGUGACGAGGAAGAUGAGGAUGACGAGGGUCCUACCAAGAACGGCGCGGAAGCCCAAUCUGGUGACGAAGACACAGGCAAGGCACGUCGGGCAGCGGACACCAGUAUGGCAGACGACGACGACGAGGAAUAG